AUGACCGAACUGUGUUUGUCAAGCCCCCCGAAGACCGCCCGUGUCUCUAGUCUCCACCUCUCUGACUUGCUGCUCCUACUCCUCUCUUCCAUCCUCUCCCACCCCAUCUACUUCUUCUACUUCAUCUUCUUCUCCCCUUACCUCCUCAAACUCCUCUCCUUCCUUUCCCCCCUCUUCGUCACCACUUCCCUUCUCUUGCUCGGCUUCCUCUCCCUCUCUCCCGGCCUUCUCCAUGAUCACUAUCCUCUCGAACCCGAAGAACCCAACAAGUUUCAUCUCUUCGAGGAGCUCGAGGCCUUCCAGAUCGCGUUCGAGCUGACAUGCGACGAAGCGCCUGUUCUUAACAGUGCUUCAACCGAUGAGACAUCAUCAGGUAACCUCGCAUUGGGUGCGGAUUUCGAAGAGAAGACAGUGGAAAUUGCUUGGGAAGAGAAGACACUGGAAGGGUUGCUGAAAGAACUGGAUGAGUUUGACAAGAUGGAUUACAGUGUGGAAGAGAAGAAAUUAGUUGACGCACCCGACGGCGUCGAGUUCGAUAAAGAUAAAGCAGCGGAUGAAGAAAUUGCAGCGCCGACAAAGGGAUCCAAGGCUAAAGUUGAUAAAGUAACUGGCCAUGGCACAGUUAAAGUUGGCAGGGACAAGGACAGAGAGAGGGAGAAGCCUUCAAAACCUGCGCCAAUUUCACAAACCUUUGACCAACAUGCAGAUGCAGUUGACGAUGGCACUGGUUCAGAGCUGUUUGAGAGCCCAAGAUGGGGACUAAUGGAUUCGAAUCUCGGAAGCUAUGGGUCAAUGAGGAGAGAUAAAGAGUGGAAGAAGACGUUGGCCUGCAAGCUUUUCGAGGAGAGACAGAAUGUGGAUGGCGGCGAAGGCAUGGAUCUGCUCUGGGAAACCUACGAAGUGGAUUCAUCGAGUAACAAGGCCAACGGCGGCAAGUGCAACAAUGCCCAGAAGAAGAAGAAGAGCAAGAAGAAGAGCCAAGCAGAGUUGUACAACGACGAUGACGAUGAGGCAGAGGACAUGGACGGCCAGCUAUGCUGCCUGCAAGCUCUCAAGUUCUCGACGGGGAAGAUGAAUCUGGGCCGGCCUAAUCUGCUGAAGAUCUCCAAGGCCUUCAAAGGGAUUGGAUGGUUGCACAAUGUCACCAGGCAUACCAAGAAAGCUCUUCACAACUAA